AUGGCAGCGAAAUCCUCAGCAGAGACUUUCUUCGCCUGGGGGUCACGGCAUGGCAACUUCAUUCUUCGCGCCGUGAUAAUUGGCAUCAGCACGCUGGCUGGAGCCAUGUACCUGACGGGGUAUGUCUAUGAUCUUGAAACGGAGCGCCGACUGCGCGACAAGGAUCUGGCGCAUCAGCGCGAGCUGCACGACAGGGACGCGGCAUUUGAGCGCGAGCUGCGCGACAGGUAUCCGGCACGGCAGCGCGAGGUUCUCGAAAGAGACCUUGAGCACGAGCGCGAGCUGCGCAUGGCGCGGCAGCAGAACGCAGAACUCCACUUGAAGGCCCAGCUCUUUGAUGCGAUCCACCGUGAGGGCUACGAGGCCGCGGCGCGCUUACUGCAGAGCAUCCAGGCGGCGUCCACGCGUCCCCCCACAGACUAG